AGGUUAAAACUAGAAUGUGAAAAAUUAGCUAGCGAAAAGACUGAAAUGCAACGGCACUACGUUAUGUAUUACGAAAUGUCCUAUGGCCUUAAUGUGGAGAUGCACAAACAGACUGAAAUAGCGAAACGCCUAAACGCCAUCAUUGCCCAAGUACUGCCCUUUCUGGCCCAGGAACAUCAACAGCAGGUAGCCACAGCUGUUGAGAGGGCGAAGCAAGUCACCAUGACAGAACUGAAUGCCAUUAUCGGGCAACAGCAACAACAAGGUCUACAACAGUUGCUUCAGCAGAUUCACGCCCAGCAGGUGCCGCAUGGUCCUUCAGCGGCUGCAGCGGCAGCUGCCGCGGCAGCAGGUCUACCGAUGGGUCCAGGGGGCGCCGCAGGGCAUCCGGGUCUGCCGCCUGGAGCAAUGGGGGCGGCCGCCGCCGGAUUGCUGGGCUUCGGGGCAGCAGGAUUAACGGGUGGACCAGGCGGAGGUGCUCCCCAUCCAGCGGUGACAGCCGCCGCCGCUGCCGCAGCUGCUGCACAUCCGUUGUUGAAGCCGGCUGAUUUACACGCAGCUGCUGCGGCAGCCGCAGCUGCAGCUGCAAGAGACUCAGCUGCGCAUGCCGCACAGGCCGCGCACCAGGACCUCAAGAGGCCCGCCAGCACAAACGCACCUUCAGACGAAAGACUGAACUCAGUGUCCCCGGGUGAUAGAGACAAAUAUAGGUCGCGGUCUCCGACGGAAGUCGACCAAGUCGUCAAAAGGCGGAAAGAAGACAAACUCGGACAUGAAAGUGAUGGUGAUAAAAGUGACCAAGACUUAGUUGUAGAUGUUGCAAAUGAGGACGCUUCAUCUCCGCAUACGAAUGGGGGCGAACAUGUAAUGCUAAGUAAUUCGGGUGAUAUUAGAGAAAACGGCAGCACAAACGGUGACAAGAUAAAAGUAGAACGGCCGCCGAGUAGAAGUGGAUCUUCUUCUAGCAGGAGUACGCCUUCGUUGAAGAGCAAAGACGAAAAACCACUGACACCUGGCUCGAAGCCCCGUUCGACGACGCCAAACCUAGCGACGGCGGCUGUGGCGGCUGCGGCAUCUGCAACUGCCCCCAAAGUGGGCCCCCCGGCUGGCGCUGGCGCGGCAGGAGCACAGUACCCCGCAUACCCCCGGGCCCCUGAGCAUCUAUAUAAUAACGUGGCCGCCUCAGCGGCUGCGUACGGUCGCCCGCCCCCGCUGAUGGCAUACGACGGUCAUCCGCACGCCCGCCCACCGCCUACGGCUAUGGCGGCCAACGGGAUGGCGGGCAUACCCGGAGGAAAACCUGCCUACUCAUUCCACAUGAACGGAGAUGGCCAGCUUCAGCCAGUGCCGUUUCCAUCGGACGCGUUGAUAGGUCCGGGUAUUCCCCGACACGCUCGUCAAAUCAACACCUUGAGCCACGGGGAAGUUGUAUGUGCUGUGACCAUUUCAAAUCCCACCAAGUACGUCUAUACGGGCGGUAAAGGUUGCGUGAAGGUGUGGGAUAUCAGUCAGCCUGGCAGUAAGAGUCCUGUUUCACAACUGGAUUGUUUGCAACGAGAUAACUAUAUCAGAUCGGUGAAACUCCUUCCUGAUGGUAGGACGUUGAUAGUGGGUGGUGAGGCUAGCAACUUGUCCAUUUGGGACCUAGCGAGUCCAACACCACGUAUCAAGGCGGAGUUGACAAGCAGCGCGCCAGCUUGCUACGCCUUAGCCAUCAGUCCGGACUCUAAGGUGUGCUUCAGCUGUUGUUCUGAUGGAAACAUCGCCGUGUGGGAUUUGCACAACCAAACAUUGGUCAGGCAGUUCCAAGGUCACACAGAUGGCGCCUCUUGUAUAGAUAUCUCUUCAGAUGGCACGAAAUUGUGGACUGGCGGUUUGGACAAUACUGUUCGUAGUUGGGACCUGCGGGAAGGGAAGCAACUUCAACAACAUGACUUCAGUUCACAGAUAUUCUCAUUAGGUUACUGCCCGACAGGAGAAUGGCUGGCAGUUGGAAUGGAGAACUCGCAUGUCGAGGUUCUACACGCUAACAAGCCAGAUAAAUACCAAUUACAUCUCCAUGAAAGUUGUGUGUUGAGUUUGAGAUUCGCUGCAUGCGGCAAGUGGUUCGUUUCUACGGGGAAAGAUAAUCUAUUGAAUGCAUGGAGGACGCCAUAUGGAGCCAGUAUAUUCCAGUCCAAAGAAUCGUCAAGUGUUCUGAGCUGCGAUAUUUCGGCGGACGACAAGUACAUAGUGACAGGUUCGGGUGACAAAAAAGCGACAGUGUACGAAGUUAUUUACUAGACUAGUGCGUGCUUGUUACGCGGCUGGGACCAGAAAAGUGAAAACUUGUAUAUAUGACAAACAUUUUGGGCGCGAUGUUUUAUUGAAAAACAUCAAUUGUUUCAAUGUUUUUUAUUAAAUCAACCAGGCAACAGACAUGCAUUCCAUAAUUUUGAGGCUAGAUAUUUAUUUUAGCCAUCCUGAAAUUGGAAGAUAGUAAUAACAGUAUUCUUGGUAGACUGUACGAGCUUGCAUAUUUGGAAUUAAAAAUACUUUUGAUUUUUUUACAAUAAAUUAUAACAUAUUAUUUCACGUAACUCCUGAAACUCAUCUCGUGGUUUUCAUGUUUAUAGGAGUCCAUUGUAUGGCUAAAUCAAAAGCACAUAUAUGUUUAGAUGUAUGUUUAUUGUACGACGUUUCGACCACCACAGUGGUUUUUUCAGCUACAACUGAAAGAUCUGUGACAUUUCGUUAUUUUUUUUCUUUUUUCACAUCCCUAUACAGUGUGUCACUAUAAUAAUCUGAACGGUCCUGUAACAUGCAAUUCUCGGCCAUCCUUCUUUGUAAUCUCCCACGGAUUUUUUCCUGGGAAAUUUGCUUUACUGGGAUAUCGGUUCUGAUACUCUUCACCAGAAAAUCGAGCAUUUUCAUUGCACAAUCCACAAAUAAAGAGAAUUUUUGCGUAUUAUCAAACAAGAACAAAUCUGGAAUAAGUAUGGCAUUGUCUCUGCAUCCCUUUUAUAUUACGGACGCAUCCUAUCCUAUCCUAUCCUAUACAUGCUUUAUUAUCCGAUUUGUAUUACAAGAGGCCGUAAUCGGAUAAGGUAAUAAUUUUCGUAACACUAUAUCCCCAAAAAUAAUUUCAUUGAUUAGAUCUGGCUAGAAGAUGGACAAUGGCAAUUAUAGGAUAAAUUUAUAAAACGGGUAUUUUUAAGAUUAAGGGUACCCGCAGCAUUUUAUUUAUCUUGCGCAGAAACUACUUAGGAUAUUUGGUUAGUUAAAAGGAGUCCAUAAUAUCGGAAAUCUCUUCCUAUGUACAGUUUGAAUGCCGACUAAUUGUUUCUACUAGUCUACUUGAAUAUGUUGUAACAUUGUUGACAAUAGAUGAAAUUAUGUGUUGAGACCAUUGCUAUUUCCUAUAACCUAUUUCAGUUUGACUAAAACUUUUAAACCAAUCAUGGCACAUCAGCUUACUAUCUCAAACUAUUUCGCACGAAUGAAUAUGUCUAUUACCUGGUCUGAGUUACAUCCCCUUUUGUAUUUUGUAAAUAAAAUUGUAGAAAAAUCAGUGUAUGAUGCAAGUUGGAGUAGCACCUAAGCGUUUUUGCAAAAAAUGUAGAUAUUUAAAGUAGCUUCAACUCGCCCCAUCCACCGUAGAGAAAGAAAUUGGGAUGUUAUUUAUGUUUCCUUCCUGUCUAGCGAUUGCAAUGAACCUAUUUGUUAUUGUUUACGAACAGAAAUAUUGUUAAAAAUGUGUGUGAAAUCUAGAUGUCUCAGUUGGCACAAGUGAUUCAAAUUUAAAAUACCGAAUAACAUUUAGAGUUUUCAUUACUUUCUCGAUGUUACAACAAAAGAUUAUGUAGCAUAUUUUUCGUAAUUAAAUAAAUAUUACAAACAUUA